GAGGAAUGAGCAGUUAAUGUGGGCGGCAGAGGAGCUCAGAAUAGAAGAGCUGCUGUAGUAUGCUCAAGUCUUGUCCCUUCUGAAUAAGCUAUGGGAUUGGGAUUGAGUCACGGGCAGCUGGACGAGUUUGAACCUGAUGCAAUUGUGCGGGUGAAUCGAAAUCUUCUGUACGACCAGCGGAAUGCUCCAAAUGCAAGCAUCAGGAAUGUGACCUCGAGUUAUGGGCCUGCAAGAAUAAUACAAUAUCGCACGGACACAGACAGAGGUCAAGAACCGGGAAGACAGAGAUCGACCAAUAUUGCAUCGCAUACUUCUGAUCAUCAGAGCAGCAGCAACGACUGUCAGCUAUGUUGCGAAAACCUCUUGGUUGGAGACUGUCAUGAUUCCAAGGCUCCUUCGAUCGAUACGCCUUCACAGACGCAGGGAAAGCGGGUGCACCGGAUUUUAGACAUGGUCAGUCUCGCUCCCGUCGAGACUCAUGCGCAGCUUGAGCGAAUCAUGAGCCAGUUUCCAGGUUGGGCUCGGAAAGAUUGCGAUUUAGAAACUGGAUGGGUAGAGUACAGAUUCACUUCCAGCUCCGGAAAUUGCCUCGAACGAGUUUGGCUACCUUCGCCUGAUCUGCAAGAAGCGUCUUCUGAAGUCCUCGACACUUUCGCUCGAACGGUCAACAAACUCGAGCGCCGACUCGUUUUCGAAGUGUGGACCUGGACAAUUUACCAGAAUCCUUUAUAUAGCUCGGGUCGAUUGUCGUUAGUUCCAUCACCGAGAAAGUCGAAGAGUUUCCCGAUGAUUCCGGGCAUGUGUAAGCAGGAAAUGUUUGCAAUGGAAAUGCGUGCACACCUUCAUCAUACAAGCAUGCACUCCAGCUUGCCGAGGAAGAUGUAAUUGAGAUGGACUUACCUGAGCAUGCUCAUACAAAAGAUGGAUGGAAAUGAAAAGCAACAAACCUUGAGGCAGAUUUCAUAUCACGAGGACACCCUGGCCUUGAGGCAGAUCUCAUACGAGUCUUCGUCUACUUUUUCCAAGUUCAGGUGGAAUUUGGCAUCCAGAUUUCAGAUCCAGAUCGGCUGAAAGGCAGAUGAUGCUUAUUCACUGACCUCGUGUACUUUCUAGAACAUGUGUUCUUCAUCUAUCUAAAUUUGAAGAGGUC